UCGGAAGCACCGGAAGCUACAGUCGAAGAUAAAAUGUCGGUUGAAGUGUCUAAAAGUGUGAAUGUUGAAAUGUAGGGGAUAACAGUAGUGAAAAUAUUUCCUACAUAAGAAAGUAAGUGAGCUGUGUGAUGAAGAUGAGACUAGCCUGGCAACAAGGAAGCUGAUAGCCAUCAUGAAACCACUGAGUUGUGUCGGAGGAAACAUGUGCCAGCCAUCUGUUCGGAACCAUUUGCUCUACACGCACAUGAGCAACCACUACCGCCGCAUCUAUUCUGCUAAAAGCACAGUGGACACAGCACCUCCACAUGGUGCCAUCAGGAGACAGCAGCCUCACACCAGCUUAUGCAGCCCCAAAAAAUGUGAGCUUGGGCUUGCUGAUAUCAUUGCCAGUGACAAAAAGAAUUCACCACGCACAUACACGGGACAUACCUGGACACAGACAGAGCUGUUGAGUCAGGCCAGGAGGGUGGCUUCUCACAAGCAGCAGCGUGAAUGUUUGGAGGGAGAACAAGAACGGAAUCGAGGGUGGACCUCAGUGAAGAAAGAGUCGUGGAGCUAUUGCAAGAGGGCUCCAGACAUCAUGGAUCAACAUGCCCAUAGUUUUAAGUUACCUGAUCGAGCAUUCAAGCCUCGCAUCCUCAAGACAGAUGUACAGUCGAGGCUGCGUGACUUGAGAGUGUACCAUCCCCCAAGCAGGAAGGGCCGGCCACGUGAUUAUAGUGAACUACAAGUGAGAAAGCAUAAGCAACAAAGGCCAGAGGAUCAGCAGAGUGAGGAGGAAGCAGCAUCAGGUGGGAUGCCUGCCAGGUGCUCUGAUCUCUGUGACCCUCAGAAGCAUGUCAGCAGCAAGGAGUCAAGUCGUGACUCUGCAUAUAAUGGUGGCGUGUCUUCAGGCACAGCAAGUCGGGGACUGUCCCCAAUAGCAAUGUGUCCCAUUGUGCUUGCAGGGAGGCCCACAGCUCAUAAGAGUUUGCCAGCCAAAACGAAGGAGGAUGCAGUGUACAUGAAGUUUGUACAUGACAUCACAGAGGAUGUUCUGGCUAGAGGGAUCUAUAGUGACAGGGGACUGCGGCAGCUUUUCCAGAGACACAUAGCUGACAAUGAGGGGCAGCUCAGUUUGGACCGGAUGCAAGACGAGGUGGCCCGAUUAUGUGAGCAGCUUGGCAUCCCGCAGCCUGACAAGCGUGGCUGUGGAAGUGAGCUCUUGCACCUGGCUUGGAGCAAGAAAUCACAUUACAGGAUCCUGUCAGGGGUCAAGGAUGUGGAACAGGGAAGAACUUUCAGUUUAGAGGCAUCUGAAUGUAUGCAGAAGGUAAGGAACAUUCCAUGUCAGACACUGCAGGGCUCCUUGGCUGACGAAAGUUGUGCAGAUGUAGGUGGGUUUGAGGAACCAGAGCCCACACCAAGUGUAGGGCUACCAUACACACUCAGUUGUGAAACAUCUGAGAUACCUGUGACUGACUGAAGCAUUGGCCCAUACAUACCACUGGAUUAGAAGAUGAGUGAUCACAUGUUGUCAAGUGUUUAUGGACACAAAACAGACAUAUAAAAGGACAGGAAUCCAGAGGGCAGAUUCUCACCUGGUAGAAGAGAUGGAUAAAUAUGAAGUCCUUCUCAUAUUUGCAAGUUACAGACCAUUACUGAAGAAACUGCCAAAAUAAUGACAUACUGGACAGCACCAUUACAUCUGUCAACAGGCAUGGAUCCCCCAUGCUGAUUUCAUAUGAAAGGGAACAGACCUGAGUAGAUGCCAUGCCAGCAUGGCUCGCUUCUGAGUUCUGGCAGUCUGGGUAACAUAGCAUAGUGAUAGGGACAUGAAAUGAUUCCCAGAUGGAAGGACAAGAGUUGAUGUGAACCAGCAGCUUACCUAGCCUGUCAUCUUGGUUUCAGUGAACAAAUGAGCAGUUGUAAGCACUGCAGUGCCUUAUGAAGGAACCUGACAAAUCUUUGUGUAACAUACUGCUAUUUUUGUACAGUGCUUGGUGUUUCUGAAAUUAAAUGAAACCAGAGUGAA